AUGACCUCUUCUACUUCUACACAUUCUAGCAACUUCAAGUUUUCUGUGGGGAAUACAUUUGAUUCACUUCGAACAAUUCGUAUAGCAGCUAAAGAUGGAAAAAGCGGACAAGAUAUUCAUUUACAAUAUUCACAUCAGAAAGUGAUCGGCAACGGCUCUUUUGGGGUUGUAUAUCAAGUAAAGCUUGAUCAAUCAGGCGAUGAUGCAGCCAUCAAAAAAGUAUUACAAGAUAAACGAUAUAAGAAUCGAGAACUAGAAAUAAUGAAGGUCAUGAAUCAUCCAAAUAUUUGUAGUAUAAAAGCAUAUUUCUAUACUCAAGGCGAUAAUAAGAAAGAUGAUCAAAUCUACCUAAAUCUUGUCAUGGAAUAUAUACCAGAAACUGUCUAUCGAGUCAGUCGUCACUACAACAAAAUUAAACAAUCUGUGCCUCUUCUGAUCAUCAAACUGUAUAUGUAUCAGCUAUUCCGUUCCCUCGCUUAUUCCCAUAUGUUGGGCAUCUGUCACCGAGACAUUAAACCCCAAAAUCUUUUAGUUCAUCCUAUCACGGGUCUACUUAAAUUAUGUGAUUUUGGGUCCGCCAAAUUAUUAGUAGAAGGUGCCAUUAAUGUCUCCUACAUCUGUUCUCGAUAUUAUAGAGCUCCAGAGCUUAUCUUUGGUGCUAGUCGAUAUACAACCAGUAUUGAUAUUUGGUCCUCAGGUUGUGUAAUGGCUGAAUUAUUGCUGGGACAACCGCUAUUUCCUGGAGAAAGCGGAAUUGAUCAAUUAGUAGAGAUCAUUAAAGUAUUAGGGACACCUACGAAAGAAGAAAUAUUAACAAUGAAUCCCGAAUAUUAUAUGGAGCACAAGUUUCCUAUCAUUAAGCCACAUCCACUUUCUAAAGUAUUCUUUAGAUCAAGGGCACCACCAGAGGCCUUAGACCUCCUCUCACAUAUUCUACAAUAUGACCCAAAACUGAGACCAACAGCGAGUGAGGCUUUAGUCCAUCCAUUUUUCGAUGAGUUGAGAAAUCCUGAAACAAAGUUGACAACAGGUAGAGAAUUACCUGAGUUGUUCAAUUUUACGCGAGAAGAACUUUCGAUAAGACCUGAUUUAAUACAUAAACUUGUUCCAAAUCAUUACAUGAAUACUUUAAAAGAAAAGAUGGGAAUCGAUAUACACAGCUUUAUACCUAUUCCACCUGAAGAACUACGUUUACAUAAUUUGGAUUAA